UCUUCUAAACCAGCAGGAGAAAAUUCCCGCCUAAACAAAUCCAGAGUUCUUGGGUGUGAUCUUAGUAGGGAGAGAUGAGCACGAAAGAUCUUCCGCUGAAGGAAACGGCAGUGCUGAAAGGGCACGAAGGUGCAGUACUAGCUGCUAGGUUUAACAGUGAUGGAAAUUAUUGUCUAAGUUGUGGUAAAGAUCGAACAAUUAGACUUUGGAAUCCACAUCGAGGAAUUCCUAUCAAAACUUAUAAAGCUCAUGGUAGAGAAGUCAGAGACGUUCAUGUCACUUCGGACAAUUCGAAGCUAAGUUCAUGUGGUGGUGAUAGGCAAGUAUACUAUUGGGAUGUAUCGACAGGUCGUGUCAUUCGGAAAUUUCGUGGUCAUGACAGUGAGGUGAAUGCUGUUAAGUUUAAUGAGUAUUCUACUGUGGUAGUAUCUGCAGGAUAUGAUCAAUCAGUGCGUGCCUGGGACUGCAGAUCUCAUAGCACUGAGCCAAUUCAGGUCAUUGAUACGUUCACAGAUAGUGUCAUGUCUAUCUGUUUGACGAAAACUGAAAUUAUUGCUGGAAGUGUUGAUGGUAGUGUUCGUACAUUUGACAUUCGCGUCGGUAGAGAAAUUUCUGAUAACUUGGGGCAACCUGUCAACUGCAUUUCACUGUCAAAUGAUGGUAACUGCGUAUUAGCCAGCUGCUUAGAUUCUACUCUGCGUCUUUUGGACAGGACAUCUGGAGAAUUGCUGCAAGAAUAUAAGGGUCAUACAUGCAAGUCGUUCAAGAUGGAUUGUUGUCUCACCAACACUGAUGCCCAUGUAGUUGGGGGUUCAGAAGAUGGCUUGAUAUACUUUUGGGAUCUGGUAGAUGCAUCUGUAACUUCAAGUUCUCGAGCACAUUCAUCUGUAGUAACAAGUGUGAGUUAUCACCCAAAGGACAACUGUAUGAUAACAGCGUCCGUUGACAGCACCAUUCGAGUUUGGAAAACAUGAAAUGAGGAAGUAAGCUCAUAUACUUUAUCCUUAGGAUGCAUGACGCUGAUGCAAUGUGUACAAGAAACCUAAAAUGUUACAAGUAUUUAUACUUGAGUAACUGAAAUGGAGAUAUUUAGAAGCUAGAGAAUGAUGCCUGAUUGAUUGUGGCGGGACUUCUUGUCUUGUUCCUUGACACUAAAAGCUGAUGAUAUGCCUUUUGUAUCAGUGAAGGACUUGUUUUGACUUGCAUUAUACCAUUAUGGCAUGGCUCUGAAAAAGAAAAAGACAAGCUUGUUCAGACUAUGUGAGACUGCAGAAGUACUGAAACAUUGUUGUAUGGACCUCUUUUUGUACGUUAGUUGGUAGAAGUCAUUUUAUAUCUUGUCUGUUUUGGCUGGCUGAGAAUUUGUAUACAUUUACCAAAUAAAUAACUUCACUGCCUUUUGCCUGCUUUGCAUCU